AUGUCAGAGUUCUCAAAGUGAUGAUGUGGUCUGUAACAGGAUUCAGAUAAGUGAAGGAUAUCCCCACCUGGUGCACUCAAGCCAAGCGAAGGAAGUGUUUACACCAGAGUCUGUACUGAAGGAAUUGGAAUGAGACUUCCAAAUGACAAGUCCAAAAGGAGCUCCACUCUUGGUGAAAGAAGCAAGGUUCAUGACAAUCUUGGAGAAUGGAAUCCGCAAGAGAAGUGAUGGACUCUACCAAAUGCCCUUGCCUUUGAAGUCUGAUCAUGUGACAUUUCCUGACAAGAUUCUUGCUGUUAAAAGAUGGAGACAGCUAUCUGCCAGAUUCAGGAAGAACCAGAAGUUUCUGGAUGACUACAAGACCUUCAUGGAUGAUGUAAUCACCAACUACACAGAACGAGAUACCAGAUGACUGCUUACUCUGUACAAACAUGUCUUACAUGUAUGUGAUUUUCUUGUCCAUGUGUGCGAGAACCAAGUUAUGCAGUCAUGAACAGGAUUAUAAAAGUGAGGAAAAGUACUUAUUUUUGGCUUUUUUGGAGGACCUACAUGGAAAACAGUUGGAGAGGCCUUGCAACAGCUCUUAUCGUGUGAGAUCCAUCAACCAAAAGAAAUGGCCUCUCGACCUCUUUUAUAUCAUAUCAGGGAUCCGUCAACCAAAAGAAACGUGAUCGCAAGUAUUAUUACUUUGCGAAAACACAACCCAGAUGACCAGUUUGUUAUGAAAACUACCACAGGGCGCACAAUCAGUGCCGGAACAAUAUGUUUUAAAGCUGGUUAUUGCUUGAAGGGGAGUGGGGGGAGAGCGGUCCCCAAAAAUUAUGAAGAACCCACCCCACCAGAUCUUCCAGGUGCUGAAAAACCUGCAGGAAAAGAUAAGAGAAAACGUCGUGCUUCCAGUAUGGCUGUGGACUCAACUGUGGACUCAGGUGAAGAUGCAACCAAAAUUGCCCAAAAGGAGACGGCAGCAUUCUUAACUCUUCAUGCGUUACGUUCGCAUUAUUGCACAUCCGUAGGCGUGUUUCGUUCGCAUUUUUGCACAACCACACAUUUCCAAUAGACGUCCCCUGUCCCAUUGUUUUCGAACAAUUGCAAGCCCCGGAGCGUACCUAGCUACAAUGUAUAGCCUGGCGUUUGUGUAUACCGUACAUGUGUACCGAUCGAUCUAUCGCGCGUGCGACAUUAGUUUAGCGUUUGACGGAUAAUCGCAGUUUACAAAUUACAGAAUCGUUAAGUUUUCCUUGAAAAUUAGUACUUAUAUAGCGUUUAUUUUCCGAACAAAAUCAUGCCACCCCCGGAGAGGCGACAGGUAUUUUCUGCUGAGGAGGCUUGUGAACUUGUUACAAUGGACAACGGAGAGUAUUUGAAUGUCAUGGAUUCAGAUUCAGAAUCCGAGCAGUACAGUGACGACGAAGCAGUUCAUCCUAGUCCUACUCGCAGCAAUCAAGAAGAUGACGAUUUCGUGAAUGAUUUGGACAGCGAGUAUGAAAGCGAUCCUGAUGCCAAUGCCGACGAUGAACCUGAAGUGAAUGAAGAUAAGGAUGCGUGGGUUCAUCUUCAAGAGUGGAAUUUAACGUGGUACACCGGCUAUGAUGAUGGAGCUAAGUUGUUGUUUGAUAUACAGGAAAAUUCCAAUCCAGUCCACUACUUCUAUCAGUUCUUUCCUGAGCAACUUUUACAGACAUUGCAAACCAGACCAAUUGUUAUGCUGAGCAUGGUAGGUCCAUGUGCUGAGCAAUGCCUCGCAACCAGAAGACCACUCCAGCAGCACUCCAGAAUCAAUAAGUGGGCACCUACCAAAGCAUGCGAAAUGAAGGCCUUCACAGGGUUACAGAUCACAAACAAUACCAUGGCCAGGUUUAUUGUUAGGAGUCUGUGACUCAUGGCACGAAUGUGAAUGAGACCUUUUCAAUGGAGUACAGUACCUUGAUCAGGCAAAAAUUUACUUUCUUUAAUUGUCCACUAUAUAUAUGGGCUAUUUUUAUCAGAUUAUCAUGAUUUUGGUAUCAAUACAAAGCUUAUGUAAUGAACAGUCCAAGUGGAUAAAUAAAAAUCAUGCCACUAACACAAGAACCAAAGUAAAAGGGGGGCUAGAUUUUGUUG